AUGGAAAUGGAUGGCGUCGACAAUGAUGAUUCACAACCUGCAAUGAAGGAUGGAAUAGACAAGGAUGAUUCACUGCCUCUGAUUGUAGAGAUUGUUGAGGUUAAAAAGCCUAAACGCAUUGUAGUUAGUAGGCCAGGGUUUGGGACAUCUGGGCGAGCUAUAUCAUUACUUACUAACUCCUUCAAAGUUGCUGUCAAGCAUCCUGAUCAGAAUUUCUAUCAAUACAGUGUAUCUAUAAAAUCGGAGGAAGGAAAAACUAUUGAGAACAAGAGAAUUAGGAGAAAAGUUAUUGAUAAAUUAUAUCAAACAUAUUCUUCUGAACUAGAUGGGAAAAAAUUUGCAUAUGAUGGAGAGAAAACUCUUUACACUGUUGGACAUCUGCCUCAGAACUACUUUGAGUUUACAUUAGUUCUUGAGGAGGCUGUGGCUAAACAGGGGAGUCCUUCAAGUGCUGGGAGUCCGACUGAGACUAAUAAAAGGACAAAGCUUGUUCUACAAUCCAGAAAAUUUGAAGUGGGAAUUGCAUAUGCUGCAAAAAUACCCUUAAAAUCCAUCUCUCUUUCCCUUGAAGGAGCUGAAACAGCGGAUCUUUCUGAUGCACUAAGAGUUCUUGAUACUGUGCUGAGGCAGCAAGCUGCCGAUAGGGGUUGCCUUUUGGUCAGACAGUCGUUCUUUCAUGAUGAUUCGAGGUUCUUUGAUGAUCUUGGAGAAGGUGUUACCAGUUGUCGAGGAUUCCACUCAAGCUUUCGACCAACUCAAGGAGGCUUGUCCUUGACCAUGGAUGUUUCUACAACAAUGAUCCUGACACCUGGACCAGUAAUUGACUUUCUUCUGGCCAAUCAAAAUGCCAAAGAAGCUCGUUUUAUUGAUUGGGCAAAGGCAAGGAAAAUGCUGAAAAAUAUAAGGGUAAGGGCAACACACAGCAAGAAGGAAUUUAAGAUCACCGGUUUGAGUGAGAAUCCUUGUGAUCAGCAACUUUUUUCUAUGAAAUUGAAAAAUAAUGGUGGCGAUCAAGAUGGAGUCGAGACUACUGAGAUUACUGUUUAUGAUUAUUUUACAAAGAUCCGAAACAUUAAACUUCUUUCCUCAGCAUACAUGCCAUGCAUCAAUGUCGGAAAGCCUGAACGGCCUAACUAUCUGCCUAUGGAGCUUUGUUCAUUAGUUUCUCUUCAAAGAUACAAAAAAGCUCUAUCCUCGACGCAACGGGAAACUUUAAUUGGGAAUUCCAGGAAGAAGCCUCCUGAAAGAAUUCAAGUUAUAAUGGAUGCAAAAAGAAACUAUGGCUAUGAUGAUAAUCCUCUCCUCUCUGCCUGUGGCGUCUGCAUUGAAAAGCAGUUUAGUGAAGUUAAUGGCCGUGUCCUUGAGGCACCGAAGUUGAAGGUUGGGGAAGGCAAAGAGUUUCUCCCUUGUAAUGGACGGUGGAACUUUAACAAUAAGUUGCAAAUGCAAGGGUUUAAUCCCACCAAGAUAGCACAUUGGGCAGUUGUCAACUUCUCUUCCAGCUGUGACACCAGUUAUCUCUCCCGAGAGCUCAUCAAUUGCGGAAGAAAGAUGGGGAUUCAUAUUGAACGACCUUUUUCCUUGAUAGAGGAAGCUCCACAAAAUCGAAGACUGAGCCCUAUAACACGAGUUGAGAAGAUGUUUGAGCAGCUUAUGUCAAAGCUCCCUGAACCUCCUGAAUUUUUGCUAUGUGUGUUGCCAGAACGGAAAAAUUCUGAAUUAUAUGGUCCUUGGAAGAAAAGGAAUCUGAGCGAUCUUGGAAUUGUCACUCAAUGUGUUUCACCCAUCAAGAUUACCGAUCAAUACCUAAGCAAUCUGCUUCUUAAAAUUAAUGCUAAGCUUGGAGGCAUCAAUUCAUUGUUGUUAAUAGAGCGCCCCUCUCGUUUUCCAUUUCUCAAGGAUACUCCAACAAUGCUCUUGGGAAUGGACGUCUCUCAUGGAUCUCCUGGCAGAUCUGAUGCUCCAUCAAUUGCUGCUGUUGUUGGUUCUAGAUCUUGGCCACUGAUAUCACGGUAUGGAGCUGCAGUACGCACCCAACCAUCAAAGGUGGAAAUGAUAGAAUCCUUAUUCAAACCUUUGGCAAAUGGGGAAGAUGAUGGUAUAAUGAGGGAAUUGCUUGUGGAUUUUUACAGUUCAAGCGAUGGGCGCAAACCUGCUCAGAUUAUUGUCUUCAGAGAUGGAGUGAGUGAAUCACAGUUCAGUCAGGUUCUGGAUGUUGAGCUUGAUCAAAUGAUAAAGGCAUAUGCGCAUCUUGGUGAGGUUGACCUCCCAAAAUUCACUGUGAUUGUGGCUCAAAAAAAUCAUCAUACCAGGUUCUUUCAACGGAACGCACCUGAUAAUGUCCCUGCAGGUACUGUUGUGGACAAGGAUGUAGUGCACCCGAGAAACUAUGACUUUUACAUGUUUCCUCAAGCUGGGAUCAAAGGAACUUCUCGGCCCGUUCACUAUCAUGUCUUGCUUGAUGAGAUUGGUUUCUCUCCGGAUGAGCUACAGAACCUCAUACAUUCACUCUCUUAUGUGUAUCAGAGGAGUACAAGUGCAAUUUCAGUUGUGGCUCCUAUCCGUUAUGCACAUCUUGCGGCCAAACAGAUGGGGCAGUUCGUAAAUUUUGAGGAUCUUUCUGUAACUUCUUCGGAGCAAAAGUCUGAGAUCACAUCAGUCGGUAGCAGGCCUAUUCCAGAGCUGCCGAGGCUAGACGAAAGAAUUGCAGGAUCGAUGUUUUUCUGCUGA